CGUAAACUUCACGUGCUGCUGUGCUCAUGUAUUUUGUCCUAACCUCAAAUAAGUGAUUAUUUAUUUUGAUAAUAAAUUCUGUUAAAUUAAAUGCCAACAUGGGUGAUAUAUUAAAAGAUGAUCGUUUCACAAAAUACCUUAAUGAUCCAAAGUAUCGUCAAAUUCCAAAACAUGAGAGAAAAGUGAAAAUCGACAAACGGUUUCAGUCCAUGUUUAAGGAUGAAAAAUUUAAAGUUAAAUACACGGUAGAUAAACGUGGACGGCCCGUUAAUGAAACAUCAACAGAGAAUCUGAGGAAAUACUAUGAAGUAGAUGAGUCUGAAGGAAGCAGCAGUUCAGAUGAAGAUCUCGAGGAGAAAACAGAAAAUAAAAAACAUGAUGACUCUGGUGACAACUCUACACCAGGCCGUUUUGUGAAACGACCACAGAGCGAUGACGAAAAAGAUGAGAAGGAGCCAACCUUUCUUAACGAUAAAUUAGUUCGCGGAAAACUAGAUAAAAAGGUUAAGAAUAGGUUGCUGGAUUUAGAUAUUGAUUAUGCACGUGGAGAAGGUGUCAUAUUGACGGACAGUUCAUCAGAUGAAGAAAGUAGUGCUGAGGAAGAGGAUAGUGACCUGGAACAUGAGUGGGGAGAGCUGGAUGCUGAUGCUGAGACUACAGACGAGUCUACUAAGAGAAUUGCCAUUUGCAAUAUGGACUGGGAUAACAUAAAAGCAACAGACCUCAUGGUGUUACUUAAUUCUUUUUUACCAGUUGGUGGUGUAAUCAAGAAAAUUACAAUUUACCCAUCAGAAUAUGGACUAGAACGAAUGAAAGAGGAGGAAGUACGAGGUCCUAUUGAAUUAACAGAAGAUAAACUUGAUGAUUCAUCUGGAGAGGGCAAUGAAGGAUCGUCAUAUCAUAUGGAAAAACUUCGUCGAUAUCAGCUAAAUAGACUCAAAUAUUUCUAUGCUGUGGUAGAAUGCGACUCGGUAUCUACCGCUGACAAGUUGUAUAGCGAAUGUGACGGUAUGGAGUAUGAGAGCAGCGCUACCCGCCUCGAUAUGAGGUUCAUUCCCGAUGAUGUAACAUUCGAUCAGGAGCCUCGCGAGGAGUGCACGAAACUUCCAGACUUAACGAAAUACAAACCUCGUUUGUUUACAACUACUGCCCUCCAGCAAGCUAAAGUUGAGCUCACAUGGGACGCGACCAACCCAAACCGAACUGAAACCAUAAAAAGUGCACUAGAUGGCAAAAUUGAUGACCUGGAUCUAAAAGAUUACCUGGCAUCCAGCAGUGAAAGUGAAGAGGAAAAUCAAGUAGAAGAUGAAGCAAAGUCAGACCAAGAUGAUGAAGAUCCAAUACUAAAAUACAAGAAACUGCUUGAAGACAUUGAGAAAAAGGACGAAAAGAAGAGCAACAAAGACAUGGAAAUGGAAAUAAGCUGGGGAAUCGGUAUCAAAGAUAAAGCAGAAGAGUUGGUUAAGAAAAAGAUGAAUUCAGAGACCAAAAAUUUAACUCCAUUCGAAAAGUUGGUACAAAAACGCAAAGAAAAGAAGAAGCUAAAAAAAUUGAAAAAUAAAGAGAAGAAAGACGCAAAAGAGGAUGAAGAUUCUGAUUCUGAUGGUGGCAGCAUGUCAGAUGACGUACCUUCCGACGUCGAUAUGAAUGAUCCAUAUUUUGCUGAAGAAUUCAACAAGCCAGAAUUCAAAAAGCCUAAAUCUGAGAGCAAGACUAAGAAGCAAAAGAAAGCCGAUGAUGACAGUGACGUAGAUCCAGAAGAUGAAAAGAAGAGAGCUGAAUUAGAGUUACUUCUGGCUGAUGACGAUGGAAAAGCGCACUUCAGUUUGAAGAAAAUUCAAGAGUCGGAGUCUAGCAAAAAGUCCAGAAGGAAAAAGAAAUUAAAAGAGAAAAUGAAUGAACAAAAACAAAGCCUUCCAGAAUUUGAGAUAAAUGUAAAUGAUGACCGGUUUUCAGCAUUGUAUAAUUCACAUCACUAUAAUAUUGACCCAAGUGAUCCUAAUUUCAAGAAAACAAAGAAUAUGGAAAAGCUUAUUCAAGAGAAGUUAAAGCGCAGACCAGCAGACACACCCCCUGAGGCUCAACCUUCUAAAAAAUCUAAAGAAGAUGUUGAACUAAGUAUUUUAGUGAAAAAUGUUAAAAGAAAAACAAAAGAUGCAUUAAAGAAAUAAAAGCGCAA